UUCUUGCUUAUCCUUUUUCUUUCUGAAUAUAUCUUAUCCUGAAAAUUUCCUGCAGCUCCUCACAAGACUUAAACUAGAAUGGUGUCCAAAGUGGAUCAAGAAGCCAUGAAGAAGAGGCAACAGCAAGCACAGGGUCAACAGCAGCAGCAGAUGCAGAAGCAGAUACAAUGCAACAAAGGAAAAACUUGCAAGUUCAAGAGAAGCAGCUCCAAUCUUGAAGACGAUGGUGCUUCCUCUGCUAUUCUCUUGCUUGCUUGCAUUGCCUGCACUCCUUACUAUUGACAUCAACAUAGAUGCAAGAUACAUAGAUAAAUGCUUCUAUUUAAUUAGCUUCUUCUGUGUCUCCCUCUUAAUUUUCCAUGUGCCCUUAGACGUUCUAGCUAGUCUCAAUAAUAAAUUAUCCACUUACUU